AUGGAAGCUAAAGAUACAGUCAUGUUGAAUAUUGUGAUGUUUCCAUGGCUGGCUCACGGUCACGUCUCUCCAUUCUUAGAGCUAGCCAAACGGAUUGGAAAAAGAAACCUUACAAUUCAUCUAUGUUCUACAAAGGUCAUUCUUGACUCUAUUAAGAAAAGAGUAAAUCAAAUCGACCAUCCCUUCCUCCAUUUCAUAGAACUACAACUUCCAUAUCCUCCCGAGCUUCCUCCACACCACCAUACAACCAAUGGACUCCCUCUCCACCUCAACUAUACACUCAUGAAAGCCCUUGACAAUUCAAGUCCCGCAUUCUCUACCAUACUCCAACAAAUCAAGCCAGAUCUAGUUAUAUAUGAUCUCCAGCAGCCAUGGGUUCCAGAACUUACCGCUUCUCUCUCCAUUCCUGCUGUUAUGUUCCACAUCACCAGUGUUGCCACACUUUGUCAUGGCCUACACUCGACGAUCAAACAAGGGGUCGAAUUCCCAUUCCCGGAACUGAAUCCUCAAGACUCAUAUUGGGUCAAAAAAUAUGUUCAGGAAAUGAAAUCCGCAGAAACUAAUGAUAAAGAAAGGGUGUCUAACCUUUUCUCAUACUUGAGAUCUUCAGAAAUAGUCUUAUCAAAGACUUUCGGGGAGAUUGAUGAAAGAUACGUGGACUAUACGUCAUCGAUCUUAGGGAAAAGAGUCAUUUCCACAGGCCCGUUGGUUAAAGAUGGUGCAGAAGGUGACGCAAUAAGUGAAAGCGGCAAACAUGUAAUGGAGUGGUUGGAUAAGAAAGAGAAAGGGUCCACGGUCCUGGUGUCGUUCGGAUCCGAAUGCUACCUGUCAAAAGAAGAGAGAGAAGAGAUGGCAUACGGAUUGGAACAAAGCACUGUAAAUUUCAUAUGGGUAAUUCAGUUUCCAUUUGAGGAAAGGAUUAGUGUUGAAGAAUCUGUUCCUGAAGGUUUUCUUAAAAGGGUCGGUGAAAGAGGGCUAGUGGUUGACAAAUGGGUUCCUCAAGCAAGGAUCUUAGCACAUGAAAACACUGGAGGUUUUAUAACCCAUUGCGGUUGGAGUUCGGUAACUGAGGCAAUAGGAUUUGGGGUACCAAUCAUUGCUAUGCCUGUGCAAUACGACCAGCCGAUCAAUGUUAGGUUAGUCGUGAACGCUGGCGUUGGGUUGGAGGUCUUUAGAACUGAGGAUGAAGGGUUCAAUAGAACAGAGAUAGCACGAGUGACUAGAGAAAUUGUAUUGGAGGAUAAAGGGGAGGAGAUAAGAAAGAAAGUAAGAUAUCUGAAAGAGAAAUUUAUUAAGGAAGGGGAUGAUCGAGAGAUAGAUCUACUUGUUAAGGAAUUGAUUGGAAUUUGUAGGAAACGCAACUGA